UCAUUCUCGACCACGACAACAACAUCACUCCUUCCAAGAUCUACUUAAUUAUCCUGUUUCUGUUGGAUCUCGAGAUGGCUGAACCAAAGUCGUUCUUCCGGAAACUUCUGAAGCGGCCUAACCUCAGUCUGCGACGAUCUACGGGCACACCUGACCCGUCCACGGCAAUACAACCAAAUGACGUGCACGCUUUCGAAAAGAUCUGGUUGGACAUACAUGAUGUACUGGCAGAACCGGACGAAAAACAGAUACUCAAGGGGAUCACAAGCACCGCAGUUCCCGCUAGACUGAAAUCGAUGCUCGGUGCAUUGACCAACGAGCUUGACCGGACGCCUCAGGGGGCGACGGGUCCCUUUCUGGAAUGCUUCAUGAAUACGGAAAUCCUGCAUCAGCUCGUCCAUCUGAGCCAGACGGACCGGCCGUUCGGUAUCAAAGCUGAAAUUUUGAAGUUCACCACGUCCUUGAUCAAAUUAUUGCCCUACCGAUUUUUGCUACACUCGGCGAUACAUCAACCCGUCUCCCGCCUGAUCCGGUCUAGCAUGUCUGAAGCGGACCUGAAUAAUCAGGGGUAUCUUUAUGGUGCAGCAGCCGCCUCACCAAAGCUGAGGACGAGAGUAGGAACCCAGACCGACGGCGACGAAGAAGAGGAAGACGAGGAAGAGGGUUUGAGGAGGCUGGCCGUUAGGUUGUUAGUGGAGGUCUGCGAGAGAAUGAAGGCACAUCCGCUGUUGUUACUAGUCUUUCUGAGCGACCCUGCCGACCCAUCUACUCGCAAAUCGCUCGGUACCGACUUUAUCUUCUUCAGCUGUCUACUUCGAUACACAAAUCAAGACGGCGAUAUCGGACGCAUCGCUCGUGAUGGGCUCAUGACCCUUUUCGAGACCAUCUUUUGCGAUAGGGAGACGGAGACUCCCAAGAUUGAAAAACCCGAAGCCGAGAUCUUUAUGCUCGAGGAUGAAGGAGAAGGGGAAGAUGACGGGACGACAUCGCCGAUUGUUGCGGCUGACCAGACGGUCGGAGAGGCACGUCUAACAUUAGCCAAGCAUGUCCUCGCACAGGAUCUAGUCGAGGUGCUCGUGUCAGGGAUCAGCGCCGUAUAUUCGGUUCUGCCGACCAAGAUCAAACUGCCUCCGCCGAGCAAGGAUGACAUCGACUAUGAGGGCGGGCUCACCGUGCUGAGUAAUUCGAACGCUCUAUUCGAUAUGAACGAAGAGGAUCGACCAACAUCUGAACAGAUGGAUUUACCGUCCAUCCAGGACGAACAAGUGCAGGACCAACUCGCCCUGCUGGCUGACCUUGUGGAUUUUACCGACUAUAUCCUCCUGUGCUGUCGAACUCCCGCCAUACAAGGGACGGGAGAGUUGGCGAUGGUGGGCACCAAGCUGGCCGAGGCGUUCGAGCGGACGAUAGCGACCUCGUUCGUCGACCAGGUGAUCGCGCCGUUCGUAAGCCAGAGUUCGGUACACGACGGCUCGUGCGCGGCCAUCGCGUGUUAUCUAUCACGUCUGGUCAUGGAGACGUCGGUAGCCGAGGGGACCGUGAUGCACUUGACAAUAGCGAGGCUGUUAGAACAAGGGACAGAAGGGGAUCGACCUGUCGCGCUUCAGAGCUUGGCAGGUCUCGGCUUCCUACAGGUCAUCGUCAGUAAGACCAAGUCUACCGUAGACAUGUGAUUGGUGAUCCUGGCGAUCAACGGUGUGCGUCUUGGGCAACUCUUAUCAAUAGGGAGGGGAACGAAUCAACAGACAUGGGCAUAUUGACGACACUCUCCGUAUCUCUGCAAUGUUUGUACUUUGUCAAGCUAGUCUCUCAUUGCCCUCGUGUCAGUCCGAAUCUAUUGACAGACGCAGUCAUCAUUACCGGUGUUA